AUGAAAUUUAUCAAAGAAAAUAAAGAUAAUAAAGUUUAAUUCAUCGAAUAAAAAAAAAUCGUUUAUAAGGGUAGUGUUUAAUUAGAAAAGUUUAUACUAAAAAAACAACAUUUAAUCACUCCUAGUCCUAGAGAAUAAUAUCAAAAUGACUUAAGUCCAAUUAUUAGAUAAAAAAGAGCAAAAACUAUUUUAAAGUAGUUGCUUAAUGAAUAAAAUUAAUAGUAAAAUAUUUUAUUAUAUCAUUUAGAGUACUUGAAGCGAAGUCUUCUAGGAAUUUUAAACUUAAAAGAAUUUAAGUAAAUUAUAAUUAUUCUAUAUAAUUACCAAAUAUUGAGGAAUAUUUUGAUUCUUAGGAUAAACUUUAAAUGCUAAAAAUAAUUAAAAAUGAAAAAAAUAGAGUUGAAAAUCACAUUGAGAAAUUAGAAAAAAUUAAAAAAGAAUUAGAUUUUUAAGAUAAUCCAACUAACAACCAUAAACCAAUUUCUUAUCAGUCAAAUACUCCAAGUAAAUCAGCAAGAAGAUAUACGGUUAAAUUAAAUACAAGUGGAAGUUCUUUAUUUGGAAAAACUGAAAAUGUUAAAAGAUAAUUAUUGAUUAUAGAUGAUGAGGAUAGAAAAUAAACAGAAAAAAAUAAAGAAGUUCAAUUAUACAAAAAAUAUGAAAAAGUUAGAGAUAGUAAGGUUUUACCUCAAUUAGUAAAUUAAAUUAAUGAAUCAUAUGAAGAAAAGAACAAAUUAAGUGAUAAAUUCAAUAGACAAUUAUAUUAUUGUAUACAUAAUAGAGAUUAUAGUAUUCAAGAUAAAAUAAAAGAAUAUAAAAAUGACAGUUUAUCAUAUUCUCAAUUUUAAUCUAUUUAAAAAAGACUUAAAUAACAUUUAGAAGGAAGAUUUAAGGCAACGGAAUAUCAAGUCUCUAAAUUUGAAGAUGAACUUAAGGAUUUAGCUAAAACUAAUAGAUUAACUGAAAGUAAAAAAGAACAAUUAUCUAGAAUAAAGAUUCAAUUGGAAAGUGGUAAUUAUUUAGAAAAUUAUUGA